AUGGCCAUGAAGCUGCUUUUUCUUCCUGAAGGUGGCUACUUCUUUGAUUCUGGGAAAAAAGCUUAUUGGACGCCCGAUCUCGAUUCUUUUCUCGCCGACCUUUUGGCCUGUACGUCUCCAGUAGUUGAGCAAAUAUUCGAUAUUGCCUUUGCGAACAAAGCCGCUUUUAUCUCUUUCAAAACUUCGGAACAGAAAUUGUCCAUAAGUCACAACCUCACCCAGAGUUCACCUAUUCUUGCAAGUUGGCUUGAUACCAAAGCCCAUGCUAGAACACAAAUCCGUGUCUCCGUAGGUACAAAUCCUAGGACCUUUUUCGCCGUCUCCGAUCAAGGUUUCCGCUGGGCAGGCGUUGACGACGAAUUUCAUGGCAUCUUGCAGGAGUGGCUUACCGGAGCUGGGACUGAGGGCGGAUGGAAGUCUGGCUAUGAACCUGAUGGAGCUUUGUUUGGUGUCAACGGAGGGUAUCUAAUUACCUGUAAAGAAGGCAGGCAUCUCGCGUGGAAUAAGAAACUCGCGGAGCCACAUGGUUAUCCAGGGCUCACCGCACGACUGACCAAAAGAUUUACCGUCACGGCGAGGGAUGAGCAAUGGUAUAAAUACAUCACGCUCAACCCACAUGUUCCAGAUGAAUGGGUUGUCAUAUGGGCUGAUGGCUCGAUAUCAUACAACUUAUCCAAGUCUUUCCAAAAGCUCUUUGGGCCAGUGAUGGAAUACUUGAGUUCUCAACCUGGAUUCUUUGACAUUUCACCCAUGAAGCCUUCUACCUCCUUCUCGACGUUGCCCAUCAUGAAACGCCCAGCUUCAUAUUCUCCAAGUCUGCAACCAGGACCAUCAAGACCACAGCAUUCAAAUCCUUUGCCACCUGCUCAUACAGUGGCAAUGAGACUAGAUGCGAGCCCGCAGCCGGUUCCUUACCAUUAUCAAUCACAUGAACGUCGAUCCUUCUUCAGACCCAGGCCGCAAGCCAACGUCCUCCCCGCUCGACCACCCUAUAGACCGGCACAAAGCUCUCCAUGGCCUAUACAACAACCCUCUACCAUGGGAUUCCCUCCACAGACAUCGCCUUUUGGACAAGCAACAGACACGACAAGUGACCAGUUGCACCAAGUCUUGGAAUUCUGGAAGGGCUGGCAGGAUCAGAUGUCCCAAACGAACCAAUCGAUAAUGAAUUCUGCAGGAGGCUCGGGUAAUGCAUUUUCGUAUCCUACUUUCGAUCCUACCGGUGGAAGCUUCAGCGGGGGAGACCCUACCGGAGGCUUACUCACAACAGGAGGAGGCUUUGUGAUGCCGGUUGAUCCGUCAAGUAUGCUGAUGAUGGGCGGCAUGCCGACAGCUGGCUUUGAUCCGACAGGAAUGUCGUACGGUUGCACAGUCAUGUAA